AUGAACCAACUGGAAGCUAUCCAAUUUUUUGGCAAACUCGAAAUCCUUGCACUCGACGUCAUCUGUGAGCACCUGGAGCCGGCUAUGCUGUAAGUUCGAGACCCCCCACAACUUCUCGGCACCAUUUGUUUUUCAGUUUGACCACGGCGCUCUACUCGGAAAGGUUUGAAGAGGCGGCAAAGCGUAAAUUGCGGCUCAAAAUGCUCAAAGACGCGGAACUGGAAAUGACGGUCGGCAAGCACUGCCAUCAAGUCGCAAAAGUUUCGCUCCGUCUUCCUGGAGAGCCACCGAAAUUGAAUAGAAAUGUGGUGAUUUUCGAGAAGCGGCCAAGACUCGCAGGCCCUUUUUUCUAUAAGUAAGCCAUCCAACCUGGACCAACAAUAUCCAAACAAUUUCAGUUCGAUAGAGUCUAGCAACGCGAUCCACCUGCGAUACGACUCGAUCGAAGAGAUCUCGGCGCAAGUGCUCCGUGUCCGAAACAUGAUUCUCGAGUGCGUACCGUCGGUGAACUUUCGAAGAAUGUCUCUCACGUUCGACGAUGAAAUUACCGUGGCCGAGUUUAGAGGGACCGUCGAGGGAACAUCCGUCGGCGAACUGACUGUUCGCAACAGAAGCGGCGAGCUGAACGGACGGGAAGUGCAGCGGUUGCUGAAGAAGACAAAGGUGACGGAUCGGCUGAUUUGGGGCCUGAUGACACGUGGCGAUAUCAAUUUGUCAAAGGUUAGACUCGGUUUUGAAUACGGACGUUUUGCAACCUCUGCUUUGUUGGCUGUGAAUCGCCCGCUUUCAGUUGCUCUUUUCGGCAAACACGCAAUAAUUUUUAUCUUUUUUAGAAAAUUUUUUCAUGGAAUGUGAUCAACUGACGAAAUGUAGAGCAAAGUGAACUCUAAGCAUAGAAAAAUAAUCGUAAAUUUAGCUUUUCAUACAAAAAAGUUAUUCGAGUUGUUGCGUGAAAAAAGGGGGCUAACGGAACAACUCGAAUAACUUUUUUGUAUGAAAAGCUAAAUUUACAAUUAUUUUUCUAUGUGCAGAGUUCACUUUGCUCUACAAUUCGUCAGUUGAUCAUAUUCCAUGAAAAAAUUUUCUAAAAAAGAUAAAAAUUCUUCGGUUGAGUUCUUUCGCUCAACUCUUCAUUCAACCCUUUCAGAUCAAGCCGAAACCCGUCGAUUUCGAGCUCAGCAUCCAUCAAAACACGACGAGAGACUGUUGGUUCAACAUCAAAAGUGAAUAUUUGAGGAUCAGCGACUACGAGAACGUUUUGACCGAAAAAGACCUGAACGCGUUCCUUCAGAACUGGCGGAGCGGCAAAGGGGAUCAUCCGAAGCUCGUCGAGUAUUUCAACAAAAAGGGGCUCGAUCUGACGGCGAUUUUGGAGGGGCUUGACGCGAAACCGUGGAAGCCGGAGAGACGCGAUCGAAAGAUCAAGUACGUUUUAAAGGAAAAGCGGCAACACGCUGAUAUUGUCGGUUUGCAGAAACAUGUACGGACCGUUGAAGCACAUGGAACACGUGCCGUUCACCGAUCUCGGCAAAGGCGUCGAUAUUGUCCGUCGCGACGGCACCAUCGGAACGGUCCUUUGCGAUCACUUUGGCGUCGGUUUCAAGUUUUACACGUGGCCGGAGCCGUUCCCAAUGCGGCCGUUUCUGGCGGAUUACGAAGAGAUUGUCAGGUUCACCGACGAACUUCUCUCGAAUUUCCCGCGCAUUUUCGUCGUGUAUGCCACGUUCAUCUCGAAACACUUUGACAGUUUCGAGUCGUUUGAGAAGAGCGAACCGGAAAUUGUGAAUAAUUUGGAACCGGCCCACCGGAUCGCCAUUGAACACUUGAUGGAGAAGGAGAAGAAGCGGAUUGUCGUGGCGGAGUUCAACUCGUGA